AUGGCGGAUACCACAGGGCACCCUGACUUCAUUGAGGAACAGACUGACCUGCUCAACAAAAUAUUUGAUUAUUUCUGGCAGAUGCUAGAGGACAGAAUGCAUCAGUCCAACCCAGUGCCGCUGCAGGUACACCCACCUCCACAGCCGAUUGAACCCCCGCAGCGAAUAUUCGCGGCCCUAACAGGGCCACAAAAUGGCGGCGAGACGGGAGGCACCCAUCCCUCCGACAGCAGGUGA